AGCGAGCGCAGCACCCCAGGGGCACAGACCUGCCCUGUGCCAGGCACGGCAGCAGGUCCCAGCACCCCGUGGUGCCCACUGGCACCCUGUGGCACCCUGGCAGGUGCCGCUGAGGGGCCGCACAAGCAGAGAGGACACUGACAGGGUGGUGCCACCACUAUGGCCAACCUGACGGCCCUGGUGGGCACCGGGAGGAACUCGUGCACCUUCCACGAGGAGUUCAAGCAGGUGCUGCUGCCCCUGGUGUACUCAGUGGUGUUCGUGGUGGGGCUGCCCCUCAACGCCGUGGUCAUCGGGCAGAUCUGGGUGGCGCGGAAGGCGCUGAGCCGCUCCAUGAUCUACAUGCUCAACCUGGCCGUGGCAGACCUGCUCUACGUCUGCUCUCUGCCCCUCCUCAUCUACAACUACACCCAGAAGGACUAUUGGCCUUUUGGGGACUUCACCUGCAAGUUCGUCCGCUUCCAGUUCUACUCCAACCUCCACGGCAGCAUCUUCUUCCUCACCUGCAUCAGCGUCCAGCGCUACCUGGGCAUCUGCCACCCCCUGGCCUCGUGGCACAAGCGCAAGGGGAAGAAGCUGACGUGGCUGGUGUGUGCCGGGGUGUGGUUCAUCGUUGUCGCCCAGUGCCUGCCCACCUUCGUCUUCGCCUCCACGGGCACGCAGCGGAACCGCACGGUGUGCUACGACCUGAGCCCCCCCGACCGCUCGGCCGCCUACUUCCCCUACGGCAUCACCCUCACCGUCACCGGCUUCCUGCUGCCCUUCGCCGCCAUCCUGGGCUGCUACUGCAGCAUGGCCCGCAUCCUGUGCCAGAAGGACGAGCUCGUCGGCCUGGCCGUGCACAAGAGGAAGGACAAGGCCGUGCGCAUGGUCAUCAUCGUGGUCAUCGUCUUCUCCAUCAGCUUCCUGCCCUUCCACCUCACCAAGACCAUCUACCUGAUGGUCCGCUCCUCCGACGGCGUGCCCUGCCCGGCCCUGCAGGCCUUUGCCAUCGCCUACAAGUGCACCAGGCCCUUCGCCAGCAUGAACAGCGUCCUGGACCCCAUCCUCUUCUACUUCACCCAGCGCAAGUUCCGCGAGAGCACCCGCUACCUCCUGGACAAGGUGAGCUCCAAGUGGCGCCACGACCACUGCGUCACCUACGGCUCGUAGGGGAGGACAGGGCCACCUCAGUGGCACUAUUUUGACUUUCGGCUCCAUGGCUUCAGCUGGGGACAUGCUGGAGUACAGGAGGACGGCAUCUCCCAAGCUUCCAGCACUUUGAUCCCAUCUCCAGCCCGCAGCGGCACAGUAUUAACCCACCACAGUGUCCUCUCCCUGGCUUGGUUGCUCAGUUGGAGCAGCUCAGCACCACAUUUGGUGGCCAAGCCACCAAUGCAACAAAAAUCCAUUGGAUAGCAUGGUGGGACCACACUGGACACAGACCCUGGCUCAGGAUGAGCUGCUGGGGGACAACUUCUCCCCCUACUCAAAGAGAAAUUCCCUGGUGGGGAGGUGAAAAGGAGACACCCUCUCCCAGGCUGGGGAGGGUUUAGCUCAGCUCAUUACCUGUCUGGGAGACAUGGGCCCAUGUGUUUCUCCAGCUCAAGAUCAGUGUCAUGGAUGUUUCCUGGACAUCCCCAAACCUCAGUCCCCAGAAUGGGGCCGCACCAGGAAGAGAUGGGGACCCACUGGUACCAUUGGUGCUGCCAAAUGGUGGCAGAACAUCCCUGGCCAGACUGGGAACUGGGAAAGGGUAACUGGGACACUCAGGCUGGGUUUUCCACCCAAGCCAUGACCAUGGGCUGGGUCAGACACAAUCCAGCCUGACCUUCCUGGGGACCUUCAGCAUCAUCUGAGUCCAGCUCCUUUCUUAGCCCAGCACCCCAAACCUAGCCCAUCCUGGUGUCUGUGGUGCCCUGCUGUCACCUCCUAACCAGGACCCACUAAAAUCAGAGCCACACAUGAUGCCUGGAGUUGGGAACCCCAUUGUCACCGAGCUCCUCGGCCAUGUCACUGCACGUCCCACUGUUGGUGUGGCCUCUCCCCUGCUCCCACACUGGACUGGGGAUUGAGCUUUGCUCCCACAGCCUCUGGAUGCUGCUCCCUCCCAGCGAGGAGGGAUUGGUGAGGUGACACCCCGCUAAUCGCUCUGCCAGUCUCCUUUAACAUGUAGGAUGUAUAGAAGAAGGCUCCCCCUCUCCUCACUGCCUGCACACCCACUGUAUGUACAUACAGAGAAUAUACGUGAGCAGGGCGAGGGCUGGGCCCAGCACAGGCUCCACCUGAGCACAGCAUAUGGAUCUAUAAGUGUAUGUGUGUAUAUAGAGUAUA